AACUUUGCAUGGAUAUUGAAGAAAAGUAUGACCAAGGUUUCAUUAUAAAACCAAAGCCUCCUCUGAGCUUUCCAUUGUACCAGAGGCCAUGGCUUCUCUCUCACCUCAACUAGUCACCACGACUACCGUUCCAUCUUCUACAACUUCCCUCUCAGCUUUCUCACAUAGCUCUCAGGUUUCCUUAAUCGGAAAACCUAGGCAGUUCAUCCGUACUAGGGUUUCAUGCAAAGCCACAAACAGCGACCAAAAUGAUGCACAACCUCCUGUACCUAAGUUCGAUAGGAGAAAUGUGCUUCUUGGUCUUGGAGGCCUAUACGGGGUUGUAGGUCUUGGAAGCGAUCCUUUCGCUUUUGCCAAGCCCGUCGCCCCACCCGACGUGUCUAAAUGCGGGGCGGCGGACUUGCCUAACGGCGUGGCACCAACAGAUUGUUGCCCGCCAACGCCCUCAAAGAUCAUCGACUUCAAGCUGCCCUCGCCAACCCCAUUGCGUGUUAGGCCUGCGGCACACGCCGUGGAUGAUGCUUACAUUGCAAAGUACACCAAGGCCAUGGAGCUCAUGAAGGCCCUUCCCGACGAUGAUCCCCGUAGUUUCAAGAACCAAGCCAAUGUGCAUUGUGCUUACUGUGAUGGUGCUUAUGACCAAGCAGGGUUUCCGGAUCUUGAGCUCCAAAUCCAUAACUCAUGGCUCUUCUUUCCCUUCCAUAGAUACUACUUGUACUUCUACGAGAGAAUCUUGGGUAAGCUCAUCAACGACCCAACAUUUGCUUUGCCGUUCUGGAACUGGGACAACCCGGCUGGCAUGCAGUUACCUGCCUUGUUCGCCAAUCCUAAAUCACCGCUUUACGACCAGUUCAGAGCCGCCGCUCACCAGCCGCCGACCCUGAUCGACCUCGAUUUCAACGGAACGGAGGACAAUACAUCAAACACAACACAAAUCAACAGCAACCUCAGCAUUAUGUACCGUCAAAUGGUGUCUAACGCCAAGAAUGCUCAGCUCUUCUUCGGCAACCCCUACCGGGCUGGGGACGAGCCUGACCCCGGUGGUGGCUCCAUCGAGGGAACUCCACACGGACCCGUUCACUUGUGGACCGGUGACAACACACAGCCUAACUUUGAGGACAUGGGAAACUUCUACUCCGCCGGAAGAGAUCCUAUUUUCUUCUCGCACCACUCCAAUGUUGAUAGGAUGUGGAGUAUUUGGAAGACCCUAGCUCCCAAAAACAAAGACAUCACCGACUCCGAUUGGUUAGACUCCGGCUUCCUGUUCUACGACGAGAAUGCAAACAUGGUGCGUGUGAAGGUACGCGACUGCCUUGAAUCCAAAAAUCUCGGCUAUGUGUAUCAAGACGUGGAUAUUCCAUGGCUGAACUCCAAGCCAACGCCGAGAAGGUCAAAGGUGGCAUUCAGUAAUAUAGCCAAGAAGCUCGGUGUGGCUAACGCCGCCGGUUCUAAAGCAAAGGUGGUGAAGAUUACUGAUUUUCCUUUGACUUUGAGCCGAAAGAUUAGCGUGGCGGUGCCGAGGCCCAAGCAGAAGAAGAGGAGCAAGAAGGAGAAGGAAGACGAGGAGGAAAUACUUGUGAUCGAAGGGAUUGAGUUCGACAGAGAUGUGGCAGUGAAGUUUGAUGUGUACAUUAACGACGAGGAUGACCUGCCGAGUGGGCCGGACAAGAGUGAGUUCGCCGGAAGCUUUGUGAGUGUGCCGCACAGGCAUAAGCACACAAAGAAGAUCAACACUGUAUUGAGGUUAGGGUUGACAGAUUUGCUGGAGGAUUUGGACGCCGAGGAUGAUGAGACGGUGGUGGUGACUUUGAUUCCAAGGUAUGCGGCGGACAAAGUCAAGAUUGGUGGCAUCAAGAUUGAGUUUGCUUCUUAAAUUAUUGAACCCCCAUAGUCAGGAAGCCAUAUCCUUGUUGGUUUAGAUCUAUAGCUAGCUAUUGAUCACCUACACGUUACAUUCUUCAAUUUCGUUUUGUUCUUUUCUUCUUCUUUUGUAUUUCUUCAAUAAUCAAAUUUUCCUGUACAAAAUAAACUUGAUGCGGAAUGCAUUUUCCGUCAUUUCCACCACUACCGCGUGUGCCCAAUUGUAGUCGAGCUCAUUUCACCAGAAUAAGGUUCUGUCGCUAACCAAUACGACAAUAACAAUAUAUGGAAUGCGACCUUUGAAGGUUGCAUGGACCUUAACCCUAAAUUCCG